AAUACUUGGAAGGUUAGAAUCAAUUCCACUUUUUCUGUUUCUAUUUGCUCUGUUAUUGUAUACAUGUAUGCAGUGCUUGACUUGAAAAUAGCUUACCAGGACCUGUAAGACUUUUUAAACUGCAGUUUUUCUUGUUUUAAACUUUAAAUAGAAAUAUAGAAUUCAGGGCUAUUACAACUAAUCGAUACAAUUGCAAACACUGAUAAUUAUAUAUACCAACAAAAAUGUGAUUAGCUGUCUGUAUAAGGUUCAACAAGAAAAAGGAUACAGCAGUGCUCAGCACCGCAAGUUAGUCUAAAACAAGUCUCUGCUCAUCAGAGAGCUCUGUAUAAGUUUGGCAUUAUGCCUUGAGGGUCUUACAGUACAUUGCUUUCAGACUGUUAGCCUGAGCAUUUACCAUUACCGUGGGUCAACACCACAAGGAUUUCACAACAUUCACAUUUAAUUUCCCGAAGUAUUGCCUCACAUUAAGGGAUUUUCUGCUAUCGAUUUUUUUGGAAUGUGUGUUUAAGGAGUUGGUUUAGUUGCACCUACUAAUCUAGUGGGCACUGUUUUAUGUCUGCCCAAGCAAGGCAUGUCAUUGCCCAUGACCGAUCAGGUCUAAUCAAGUUAUAAUGCUACCAUUAAUGUAAAAUACAGUUCCACCUGCAUUUCAAAACAUUAUAAUUUAACUUCUCAUUGUAUUGCCUACCGUACGUACUGUACGGUACUUUGUACUUUGCUAUAGAGUCUAUUUUUGGAACCAAGGAAAUGUCUGUAUGUUACUGUACCUUGGAGAACAGAAAUACAACUUUCUUUAUAGUGAGUGAGCAAGAGAGAGGGGAGGGGCACAGUACAAACAGGUUUUCCAACGGUCAGCAUCAUGUAUUUGGGGUUCUAUUGGUAAUCUGAAGCAAUACCUCUUAAUGGAAGGCUGUACAUGUAUCUCAAUGAAUAGACUUGGAUAUUUUACGUUCAGCAGAUCAGUGACUGAACAGGCACUUGUGUAAAGGAUAUGGCAAAACCAUGUCAAUUUUUUCCACUUUUGUUGUUUUUUAAAUUUCACAUCCUUCCCUCACCUUUAUUGCCAUAAUUUAGUUAGGCUAUAACAUGGCCAGUUCUACACAUUAAUUAUCCCAAUUGAAACGUCCUUGUACUGACACUUAUUUCAGUUCAGCUUAAGAAAUGCAUGUAUGCAUUGGUCGGGAAGUGUUCAUUUCUCAUAACUGAUAUAAAGUAAUAAAAAUGUUGUCACUCAGUAAAAUAUUACUUGAGUAAAAGUCUAUUUGUUUUAAAUAUACCUAAUGUUGAAAAGCAAAAGUAAAGUUUAUUUUCUAUAAUGGAACUGAUAAAGAAUUGACCACUUGUCUCUUUUUGGGGUGAGGGAAAAUGUAUGUUUUUUUGGUAGACAAAAUCUUACCCCUUUUUUUUAACAGGUGUCAUUUGGAUUAAUCUUAACACAUCAACUGUACAAUGUGUGGCAGAAAGAGAUUCCGCUACUCUUUACAUGUGCAGUUAAAACCAGAACUUUUUACUGAGUACAUAGAUACCAGAGGUUAUAUCUUCUUAAUAAACAAAUCUUAUAUAUAAGUUGUUGGUGGGCAUUAGUUUAAAUAAGACUGAACUAAAUAUACCAAUACAAUUACACUGACAACUAACUGAAAACUAAUGUCUUUAUUAAGAGACGUAAGCUCCUGGAGUAUGCUAAAUGGCAUUGGCACUCGGUCUGGAACUUUUUACAGUGGUCAAUGAAACAAUUUCAGAAAUUUGUAAUUUUGGUUGAUUCACUCGAAUCAUGUACCAUAUAUUCCCUGUGUGGUAAAAUUACAAAUCCAAACAAAGGAGAAGUAAAACAGGAAUAAGCUGUACUUACAGCUGGACUUCUGACAGCAACCAUAUCUGUCCAUGGAUUAUUCCAUCCAUGUUUUUCCUGAAGUCCCUCCCCACCUUCCUUGAAAUCUUUCAAACUUUUAGGAUGAGGCAUAACAACCUCUGCUAUUUGGUGUUUGCCUUCAACACAACAAGUGAACCAACAGAAAUGGAUUGAUUCUAGCUGGCUCCCUCUGUAUUACUCUUCCUGGUUUUGGUAGCUUCCUCAACUCAACUCUUAACAUCGGAUGUGCCCAUUCAAUCAUCUGCCUUGUUUUUGCUGUGUGCUGGAUUUGAACCCAUGCUGUAGCAGUACAUAUGCACAAGAGGCAGCAGCAUUGAUUGCUGGACCAUCCUGGGAAACGGCACAACAAAGUAACCUUGUGCAAGUAGCUAGGAGCCUAGGCCGGGCUGUUCCUUUGUCCCCCCAACUCAUCUUCACGCCUACGGCAACAGUGACUGCAGUCCAGUCUGAGAGCUCCACACAGUCCUCUGGACAACAGUCAACCUCCUCACAGGUCCAGAACCUGGCCAUUCGUAGCCAGCAGGGGGCGACCACAUCCUCCUCUCAGACACACAGCCUCCAGGCCCUCAGUCUAAAGCAGAGCCCUGUCUCCAUCCAGCCUUCUCCUCUGAUCAAGAACCCCAGUCAGGGGAGCCAGGGCACUGGGGUGAAGGGCAGCAUGCCUGAUGGCCCAUUGGACAGGAGCAAGAAGGGGGAGAGCAUGGUGACAGAGGUGCGCGCAAUAAACAUGAGUCGCAGCGUCACAGCCGUGAGUGGACAGCCCCAUAUGACUCCAGCAUACACACAGAUCCAGCCCCACCCCCUGGUCCAGCAGCAUCAGCAGCAGCAGUUUGUGAUCCAGCCGACCCAGGCUUCCCAGAGGACCCAGGGCCAGCUACUGCAGACUGCUUCCAUCCAGCCCCACCUGCAACCUCCCUCGCUGAUCCCUCAGUCCCCCAACCUGUCAGGCCCUGUCCCUGUACUGCCCAAGUCCACCUCUCACCACCAGUCUACACCCAGUCAGCAGGCAACCAUCUUCCACUCCACUAUCAGCCCGCAUGCUAUCCACUCUACUCUGACCCAGGCCAAAGCCCAGCCAGUACAGCUCACAGCCAUCAACCUACAGAUACAACCACCUACACAGGGUUCCGGAUUGGUCCAGGACAGUAAAGGGCAGGACAAGCCCACGUCAUUGGUUGUCAGAGAGAGGUGCACGAUUUCCAGUGUACAGCAGCAUUCCACCCCCCCGUUUAACCCAGCUCCACCACAAGCCACCAAGUCUACAGAACAACCUAAAAUUGACCCAGAUGCACCUGUCAAUCAACCACAAGGAGUCACUAUUAACAAGCAGGUGGAUGCUGCACCUGCGACCCCCCCACCAGCCAUGACCUCUGGAAAUAAGAACGAGGUGCCCACUGUGACAGGCAGCACUCCACAGAAUGGAGAAAACAAGCCACCCCAGGCCAUCGUCAAGCCCCAGGUCCUUACCCACGUCAUUGAGGGUUUUGUCAUCCAGGAGGGAGCAGAACCCUUCCCUAUUGAGCGGUUACCUGUGAUGUGCAGCCCAAAGAAGCUGCAUGAGCAGCUCUCCUCUGACCCAGAUAAGACCCCUGUUAGUAACCCCACCAACACCACAGACUCAGAGACAGAGGAUCUGACCCUGCAAGAACUAAAAGACCAAGAAGAUACAGAUUCCCCCAAACUGAGCUGUGAAUUCUGUGGCUGGGUGGACUUUGCCUACAAAUUCAAGGGGUCUAAACGGUUUUGUUCCAUGGUGUGUGCAAAAAGAUAUAAUGUUGGUUGCACAAAACGAAUUGGCCUUUUCCGUCCAGAGAGGAGCAAAACAUCCAACCGCUGGCGCAGAAGGUCACACAAUAGCAGCCGCCAGAAUGUCGAGCCUAAAAAGCAGAAGCUGUCCUCUACGUCUCAGCAAAACGAGGGGGGCUCAGUGUCUUCCCCUCUCCCCUCCCAACCCAGCCAGGAGGAGUCCAGCCCCUGCUCUGACAUGUCCAGCUUUGAGGAGCCUCCUUCGCCUCUGUCAGCAGCCAGCUCAGGUGCCCCGGCACCCCUGGCUGUGUCACACCAGUCAGGGAGAGGCUCGGACCAAGAGGCCCCACGAAGUAUAGAGCUGCCUCUCCUCUCUCAGCACUUCCUGCCCAAUGACCCUACCAAGUGGAAUGUGGAGGAAGUAUACAAGUUCAUACGCUCCCUACCAGGCUGCCAGGAGAUAGCAGAUGAAUUCCGCUGUCAGGAAAUAGACGGGCAGGCCAUGCUCCUACUGAAAGAGGACCACCUUAUGAGCGCCCUGAACAUUAAACUGGGACCUGCACUUAAGAUCUACGCACGCAUCAACAUGCUCAAAGAGUCUUAGCCCUGAUGGGUCGAUAUGGGGCGUGUGUGCGUGUGUGUGUGCGUGUGUGUGUGCGUGUGUGUGUGCGUGUGUGUGUGUGUGUGCGUGUGUGUGUGCGUGCGUGCCUGUGUGCGACUGCGUAUAUUUGUGUUUGUUUAACAGGAAGGAGUCACUCUGGGACAAGUUGAAACAUGUCACCAUUGCACUGAUGACUGCCUUACCUCAGCACUACCAUUUAUGAUCACACCUUUGGAUUGGCUCUUAAAUGUACAUUAAAGCUAUGCCAUGCAGACAGAUAGACAAUUGUUCAUCACCUUUGGCUGUAGAAGAGAAUGGUUUACUGGAAAAUACUUUAAUUGACUGACUGCCUUAAAGUAAUGACAGAAAUGGCACUGCCAAGGAUAAAUUCGAGCCUGUAUGAAAAGAGGAAUAUGAUCAAUGUGGUGUCAGGGAGAAUAUGUAACAUGCGUAACAUGUAUGACACACAAUCUUGUAUGUUACAUGAUAUGAUGUUAGGUUACAUUACAAUGUGCUACCAGAAUGUAUAAUGUUAAAAGUUUGCAAAAGCGUAUCAUGUUACAAAAGCUACAAAAAUGUAUAAUAUCUUACAAAUUUACACAGGAUAUGUUACAAAUUAAAUGUAAGGUUAGCCUAGGUUUUGGGAUUUAAACUUGCGACCAUUAGAGUGAGGGUUGGGGAUGUUUCCUCUAGUUAACACUUACUGCGCUCAACACUGCCCCUAGCGGGAGGUCUGUACUCUAACAUUAACUAAUGUAACAGAUCUAAAUUCAGCUGUCAACGAUUUAUGUAAAAUAAUUUGCGUAUGCCCCCUGAGACCAGUCUGAUAUGAAAGACACAGUGUGAAAAUGUGGGUACAUCUGAAUUAAAUUCUGAAGAAUAAUUGAGAAUGUUAUUGUUAUUGAUUGCAUAUGUGGUACGGUAUGAUUGUUUAGUUGCCGAUCUGAUGUUGUUGAUUGCCAUGUAUGGGACCUACAGUAUGUGUGUCGGGACAAAUGAAAGCAUUUAGGACAGUCACCAGUUUGAGUCUUUUUCAAUAGAUGUUAAGCACCAUUUCAUAAUGAUCACCUACUAUACAUAUACACUGCAUGUCAUUUUACCUGUGCUCAGAACAUUUUAUAAUGCUACUUUGUGACAUUGAUUUUUAUUUUAUGUAUCUUCCCUGUACAUUUUGCUGGCUUCAAAGACACAAAACCUUUUUUCUGUGUUGUUUACCAAGUCAUGCCAUAACUUAAUUAUUCCUGGUUCAGAUUUCACACCGUGUGGUCCCCUAUGACUGUAUGGUUAACCCAUUCUACUGUUCACCACCGGUUUUGAUAGAACAUUCAAGGAUCUUACUGCGGAUAUUUCUCAUCUUACCUCUUAGUUCCCUAGAUCCUAAAAUUGUAUCUCUUCUGAGUAGUUUUUGUGAAUAUAACCAAAAUAAUUGGAUUGGGUCUGACAUUUUAAAGUUGUUAGGUUCGGUGAGUAGGCCAGUGCUAUUUUGCACCUGAGGAAAAUCAUAUACAGUUCUGUAUGAGUCUAAAGCUACCUAUAAGGAAUUACAAGAUUGCUGUGCAUUUGCUUUUAAGUUAUCCAUAAUUUUAUAUGAAAAGUAAGUAUUUUGAAAUAUGCAAAAAUGUAAAUACGUAUUGGAGGAGGUGUCUAGUGUUUUUUUUUUGUACAAAAUAUGUUGUCUACUUGUGCUUGUUGUCAUGUGAUGAAUGGUCUGUGUUUUUGAUUACAUGUUUAAGAAUGCUUUGUAAUAUGCCUGUAUUUAUCAAAGAACUGCAUUUGUUACACAAGAUUUUUCAAUGAUAAAUAAUCUGGAAGAAA